AUGGCGUCUGGAGCUGCCGGAGACUCCAUUUUCGGCAACGUAUUCGGCGGAUGCAUCUCCAGCGACGACAUCGGCAUCAAGCGCCGUCCAUACCACCGCAACUGCAGUUGCGCUCUUCACAAAUCCGGCGAAAACCAUCACUGUUCUCACGCUCUCCCUCCGAAAGUAUCGUAUCCGGUUAGAAGGUCGUGGAGUGAAGGUUGUUUGGUGGCGAUGACGUCAGCCGCUGCGGCGUCGUCUCCUGGAUCUUCUCCGUGUUGUCCUUCUUCUCCGGCGCCGGCUAGUUCUGUUACGGCGAGGUUGCCGCCGCAUGCUCCGUAUCAUCAUUAG